AGGGAGCGGAGCGGGGCGCGGGCGGAUCUCGGGGCAGGCGUGGCAAUGGCAGAUUCUGCACGGUAGAGUUCAUGACAAGUAUUUGUCUAAUAUAAGCCAAGCAAGAAUCAUACAAGCUUCAGAGUGAAGACUGGAACAGUUGGACGGAGGUGCGUAGCUGCAGUGCAAAGAAAAUGAAUGGCACACUGGAUCACCCAGACCAACCUGAUCUAGAUGCUAUCAAAAUGUUUGUGGGUCAAGUCCCACGGAGCUGGUGUGAGAAGGAUCUCAGAGAACUUUUUGAACAGUAUGGUGCUGUCUAUGAAAUCAAUGUCUUGCGGGACAGGAGCCAAAACCCUCCUCAAAGCAAAGGGUGCUGUUUUGUUACAUUUUAUACCCGUAAAGCUGCACUAGAAGCACAGAAUGCUCUUCACAACAUGAAGAUCCUCCCAGGGAUGCACCAUCCUAUCCAGAUGAAACCAGCUGACAGCGAAAAGAGUAAUGCAGUAGAAGAUAGGAAGUUGUUUAUCGGAAUGAUAUCCAAGAAGUGCAAUGAAAAUGACAUUCGAGUGAUGUUCUCCCCCUUUGGGCAGAUUGAAGAAUGCAGGAUAUUACGGGGCCCUGAUGGCCUGAGCCGAGGUUGUGCAUUUGUGACUUUUACAACAAGAGCCAUGGCACAAACAGCAAUCAAAGCAAUGCACCAAGCACAAACCAUGGAGGGUUGCUCUUCUCCCAUUGUUGUAAAAUUUGCAGACACGCAGAAGGACAAAGAGCAGAAACGAAUUGCUCAGCAACUUCAGCAACAAAUGCAACAGAUCAGUGCUGCCUCAAUAUGGGGGAACCUGGCUGGUCUGAACACACUUGGACCCCAGUACUUAGCACUUUAUUUGCAGCUCCUUCAGCAGACAGCAGCUGCUUCAUCUGGGAACCUGAACACACUGAGCAGCCUCCACCCAAUGGGAGGACUGAACGCCAUGCAGUUACAGAACCUGGCUGCCCUGGCAGCCGCGGCCAGCGCGGCUCAGAACACACCGAGUGGCACCGCCGCGCUCACCUCCUCCAGCAGCCCCCUGAGCGUGCUCACCAGCUCAGCAGGUUCCUCACCUAGUUCCAGUAGCAGCUCUUCUGUUAAUCCAAUGGCUUCUCUUGGAGCUUUGCAGACACUGGCAGGUGCUACAGCAGGCCUCAACGUUAGCUCUUUAGCAGGCAUGGCAGCCUUAAAUGGAGGACUUGGCAGUGGUGGUCUCUCAAAUGGGACAGGUAGUACAAUGGAAGCCCUCACACAGGCUUAUUCUGGAAUCCAGCAAUAUGCUGCUGCUGCACUGCCCACACUCUAUAACCAGAGUCUCUUAACACAGCAGAGUAUUGGUGCAGCAGGAAGUCAAAAAGAAGGUCCAGAGGGAGCCAAUCUGUUUAUCUACCAUCUUCCCCAGGAGUUUGGGGAUCAGGAUCUGCUGCAGAUGUUCAUGCCAUUUGGAAAUGUCGUCUCUGCCAAGGUUUUCAUUGACAAGCAGACCAAUCUAAGCAAGUGUUUUGGUUUUGUAAGUUACGACAAUCCUGUCUCUGCGCAGGCUGCCAUUCAGUCAAUGAACGGCUUCCAGAUCGGCAUGAAGCGGCUGAAAGUCCAGCUCAAGCGCUCCAAGAACGACAGCAAGCCAUACUGAGCACCCCUCCCCUCCGGGACUGGAGUGAGAAGGAUCUUCUGAUUCCUGCCGUUUGUUCAUCGUUGUGCCUAAAGCAUGUCGAUGUGGCGUUCAAGUACAUCGUCCAAAUCCUUGUCUCUUCAGCUUCUCUGAUGCUUGAACUCUCACCUUUGACCUUGUGUUGACCUUUGAUGCUGAUGUGUAUUUUUAUUAUGUUUGUUUCUUUUCUUUUUUUUUUUCUUUUUUUUUUUUUUUUUUUUGUGCUGCCAAAUUGGUUUUGCUAGAAAGACUGCUGAAGGGGAAUAUUUAAACUUGCAUUUGAAUAUAAAAGAAUUUCUAUUUUUCUAGACCUUCGUAAGAUAACCACUUGAUUUUGUGAAUCUGAUUCUUUGUAAUUUGUCUUCAGAGCAGCCUUGCUAGCAUACCUUGUGGAUUAUUUGUAUUUCUGUGAACAUACAGCCAAUCACUUUCUAGGCUUAGUUUUUUUCUGUGUGCUUAGUUUUAAAAAGACAGUUCGAAGAAAAAGUCAAUUAUAUGGUGUGACUCAAUCUUUCAGGAGACUUCCUAGUCACAUUUUGCUGAUCUGGUUUCUGUGCUUGAGGAGACAGCAUGUGUUUUUAUGAGUUCAAACUUGUGACUUGAAGUGGCAUCAGCAGAAAACACUUGAACUACGUUUUCCUCUGAUUGUAGCUACAUUUUUGCCCUGACAUUUACUGAUUUUUUUUAAUUAUUAUUUUUAUUUUUUUCCCUGCUUCCCUGUGUGAUUAUCAGUCUGCAGUGAAAAUUUGAUCAAAAUUGGUGUUGUAUUUUGUUAAGCUCUGGCAUGCUUGGUUUUUUUUGUAACUACAAUCUCCUCAGCAAAAUGUGAUGUUUUUGUUUUAAUCUUUCAGACUAAGAUAGUGCCCAGAAAUGUUGUGCAUGUUUCCUGCUGUUUUCUUCACACCCUCGUAUAUAUCACCUUCACCUCUCUGUUUUCUAUAGUUUGUGCAAAAACUGAGCAAUUUAAUGGGUUUCAAAGGUAUCCUUUAAAUUGGUGGUUUUGGUGUGACAAAUAUCUGAUCAGAAGCCACCUGAGGGCAUCUACCUGUGCACUUAGACUGUCUGCCUGACAGAGCACCUAGACCUUGCUCCAUCUCCAGUGCUGUCAGAAGCUCUGAGGGUGCUUGGUUACGCUGUUCCCCUAGUGGAAGUUUUGGUGGAAGGGGAUAGCUGGGAGCAGGAAGUGGGGGAACUCACAAUAUUUCUGUUUCCAAAGCUGUCAAAGCUAGGGCUCAUUUCAAACACUGAGCAUUUUGCACAACUCAGGGCACAUUUCUGUGAAGUCCAGCCCUAAUCUAAUACCAUCAGUCAGAGUUUGGUGGCAGGAUUCUGGAAGGAUCUAGGUUAGCUCAUGAAAUUAAGUGUUUUAAAUUUCCCAGAGAAAGCAUUUGUAACACUGGUCCUACAACUGCUGGCUCUUUUCCCAAAUGACAAGCACAAUACAACAGCCUCUGAAGCUGUUACCUGAACAGGGUACCAUCCCCAGCUCUCUUUUCAAGGGCCUUAGCUGGGGAAUCUCUGCGGAGAUUUUUUUAGUUUUUGUUUAGUUUUUAAUUGGGUAAUGAGCUGAGCAGUUCUGAUGGCUUGCAGGAUGAACUAGAACAGGUUACUGCUCUCUGGGUAGCAGGCUUCCCCUGCCCUACGUACCAUCUGCACAGGUAGAAACUGGGAAGUAGCUUCUAGAUGAAGGCACCUGAAGAGUGUGUGCUGUGAUGAAGUUUCAGUCAGAAGCAGCAGCAAGCUAGUGUAGGUAUCUUAACAGUUGAAAUAAUGUGAAAUGGAAUUCCAGGAGAAGGGGUUUUGCUGAGAAAACAAGAGUUUGAUUGGAUAGAAAUCUUCAUUUUGUCCAGUGUUUGGGAUAAUGUAAAGAUGCAAAGAUUGUUUUCUAUCCUACUCCUGAGUUGGUUGAGGAUACUGUAUUCUCACUAGGUAUUGACCAGAGUUGUGUAGACAACUUAAUCUGCUUACAAAAGAGAACAGUUUGAAUAUGGUACAUGUACCUGGGAGUGAAUCGUGAGGCUGAAUGCAAAAAGGUAGAGACUGGUUUAAUUGGGAAGUAGGGUUGGGGGCUGGCUGCUGUUAGUCCCACAGUCUGAAUGCACAGGGCUGUGUGCCAGGGGGCACUGAUGCCCUGCAGUGUGUGGAGGAGCUGCCAGUACGUUUCUGUACGUGUGCGUUUGGUUCCGUAAGGAACCUUGGGGAAGCCUGUGGAAAAAUAUCUGAAGAAAACCAAAAUGCCAAAUGUUGGGUGUUUCUUUCCUUUCUUCUUUCCUUUUCUUCCUUUGGUUGUUUUAAUUGUUCUGUGGUGGUUUUAACGAAUUUGAGACAGUGGAGCAGCAGCUGCCUUUCUGAUUUUUGGCUGCUUUUUGUGAAUAAUUUAAAAAGAAAAUUUACAUUUUGGAGACAAACCUGUGGGCUUUUUUAUUGGUACAAACAUUGUAUUUAACACUAGGGGUUUUGUACAGUUUUUUGCCUUUUCUACUAGAAAACAAUGUAAAGUGAUUCACAAUGUGAUGAGAAAACAAAUUGCCACUAUGACCAAAUGUAGAGUCUGUUCUGCAGUUAACGGGAUUUAAUCAACUCGAAGUCGUGGUUCAGUCGUAGAAAUGCUUUUCUUUACCUUGUUUGAGCUGUUCCUUUUUUUUCUUGUUUUGAUUUGCAAAACAAAAUGUCUUUUUGUGUGAAAUUGUGUUGUACUCUGUAGAGAAUUACAGAUUUUACUUUAAUGGUUUAAAAAGCAGAGGAGCGCGUGUUGCUUUUCUGAUCUGAUCACAGUUUGUGUAGUGGAUUUAAAAAUGAAAAGAUUUGUUACAAGUUUGGAACAAGCGAGUAUGUGUUAAAGGAAUUUUCUUCCUUUUGUGUGUGUGUUUUUUUUUCUUUUUGUCCCAAAGGGCAACUUAAAGCUGUUUUAAUUGCACAGACACACCGACAACAAGUCAUUUUGUAUAUGCCAAGUGUGGUACCUUCCUUUGUUUAUUUGCUAUUAAACUGUUUGAGAAGAGUC